CGCCAACCAAACGUUGGCCCGAGUGGUUUCUCCUGGACAAGCCAUGCACGAACGAUGCUUCCAGUAGCUGACUUGCUGACAUCUCGUGGUUGUGAAGUUCCAAACUUCCCCCGGUUCGCUCUCUUGCUUUGAUGUAUCACCUACGCUGAUAUGGUAGCUUCUGCUACUCCUUGCAGUCCAUUUGCUCCCGCAGCUUACGCGUCCAGUUUUUGAGAGCGCAUUGUUUGCUCUGUUCCUGCAUGCGAAAUUCCUAUUUGUCGCGAACAACGUGAUCGAUCUCCGUGAAGCUCCCUUGUUCAUAACCGCAAGCAUUCCGGAUUGCCGGGGGAGCACUAGAAGAGGAGCGGCGCCUACAGUGCAUAACGAUCACUGUUCUGGCUUUUAUAUCAUGCCACUAAAGCCCUGAACAUCAUAACUUUGAAAGAGCGAGAAUGUAUUCAGGAGGGUACACGAGCGGGCGCUCGCCGCUAAGCAUAAAUACGAGUAAUGCAGAAGCAACGCCCCAAGGAAGAGAUAAUCGGCGAUUUUCGUACACGGAAACCCCAAUUGAUGCACAACCUCCGGCGAUUUUUGGCAGAGCGCAGAACUUCAAUCCGGAGCAGGAGACACUGCAUGAGGUCGUCACGCCUAUAGAUGCGACAGGAGUUGACGAAAAUCACGUCCAAAACAGCUCUUCUCCAAUGUCAGGACCGUACACAAUUCCUCCCUCGGCGAGUAUGAGCGCAAUAGCUCAACACCAACUGGCAGUCCCGCAACAGACGAGCUCACCAUACGGCGUGCCAGAGCCAGAACGCCCGCAUCCAGCAUUCUCUAUUCCUGUCAUGACACAGGGCAUGCAGGCAGAGACGACGUCUCCGCGACAGCAACCUCGACAACCUUCGCAAGCAGCAGCAUACCAGACACAACAUUCGCAUGCUUUUCAACCGCAGGUCCAUAACAAUCCUGACGCACAAGUCCGACAACGUGACUCUGCUGUACCAAUAAGCACCGAGAACGACGAACGCUACAAGCUACAACUCUCCACAAAGUCAUUUCCCGUCCAAUCAGACCAUGUUCAGGUCCCUUACUCUCCGCAUUGCCUCACUUCUCCAACACACCUUGUCUUCACUCCAGAUGCCCCUUCCGGCCCUAACGGUAUGGUACCGGAGAUGCAUCAGCCGGGUCAAAUCACGCACCCGAACAUGCAGAACUUGAGCAGCUCAGUGAGCGACAAGAGCCCCUUCAUCCAUUCUCUGUGUGAGUGCAACACCGACGUGUGCACUUGUUUGACCGGCCUGUUCUUCCCGUGUAUCUUGGACAGUAAAACCGCAUACAGAUUGGAGAGGAGGUCUGAGAAGAAGGACCCAACAGAUUUGCUAGGGUUCUCGAACUGCAACUGCAGAUGCGGACUUAUGGCUGUCUUUGGUCUUUGUGGGUUGUGCUGCAUCUUCCCUCUUACGCUCCGAGCGCGUAUUCGCCACGUAUAUAAGCUACAGGGAAGUUUCACACGUGAUGUUCGCGACUCGUGCUGCUGCUGCUGUCUUUGUGUGGCGAUUCAAAACGAGCGUGAGGUUAGAGAUAGAGAAAAUCGGAUACGACAGAAUGCAGGGCCGACAAUGCAGUACCCCAGUGACAGCAUUCGGAUGACAUAUACACCAGGUGCGAGAUGAGUCAAAAAAUGCUUCCCAAGCAUUCUAGAGGCAUUUGAACUUCUCAAUACGUUAUACGUGUGAGAAGCGUAACCGCCUGCAGCUUAUGAUGGCACACAAGAUAUUCUAUGAUACCCCUAACUUUGUUCAAACAAAACAAAUUUAUGCUUACAUGACGA